AUGAAUUCAACUUCACAUUAUUAAGACUUUGCAUAUGUGAAUUUGUUAUAAUAGUAAAAAUAAUAAACAUUAUUAUCAAUUAGCUAGAAUAAUAAUAAUAAAAUUAAUAAUAAUAAUAAUAUAUUGAAAAAACUUAUUAUCAAUAAGAACCAUCUAAAAUUUUAACUCAUUCAGAAACAAAAUCUGCUUUUACUACAAAGUAUCUUGAUAAAUUACCUAAUAAAACUUCGAAGAAGAGAAAUUAGAAUAACAAAAAAAAAGGAAAAGUUUAAUAAUAAUAGAAAUAUGGAAAAUCAUGAUCAAGUUUAAAAAUUGGUUAAAAUUGAGCAUAAUCUUAACUAAAAUAGAAUAAUUCAACAAUAAAUAAAGUUAAAUUAAAUAAAUUUGAUUACUCAUUAGUUUUCAAUCAUGUUACAAUAAUUAAUACUAGAAUAAAUUCUAUAAUAUUAUUUAAUCUUCAGUAGCUAAUGCUGCUCCAAAACUCUCCUUCUGUAUGAUAUAUUUCAAUUUCAAUCUAUAUUACGAAUCAACCUAAGAAAUGAAAGCUUAUUCGAUCGAUUUCUAUCAUUAGAUUUCUUAAUUGUGUUCUGA